GCUCAGUCGGCCAACAAGUUCGCGCCCCAGGAAUCAUUCUUCCGCACGCUGUAAUGCUCGACGUGUGCUGUGGUUGACCUUGAAUACCUUCCCAUUUACUUAUCUGGAGACAAUUGGACAGAAGGAAAGGAAGCCAAUCAUCCGUUCGAGAUGGAUCGCUUCUGGUCCGCUCCUCCGGUCUCGAGGACUCUCACUGCACUUACAUGUAUCCAGUCUGCUCUGGUUUACGGUGGCUUGCUAAGUGGCAUACGAGUCCUGUUCUUGCCCGAGUUGCUCGUCAAGCUUCCCCCGGAAGUCUGGAGGCCCUUUACCUCAUUCUUACUGACAGGACCGCGCCUUGACUUCCUAUUUGAUCUCUACUUCAUGUUUACCUACAGCAGCUCCCUUGAAACAGGCUCGUCGCGGUUCAGCUUACCGGGUGAUUUCCUCACCUACGUGUUAUUUGUAGCCACGGUUGUUGUGCUCACCGCAGGUUUUCUCUUGAACAGUGUAAUCUUUACCCACGCUUUGAUCUUGGCCUUUAUGUACACCUUCGCUCAGGACAAUCGCGGCAGAAAGGCGACCUUUUUUGUGGUUCAAAUCCCCAUCGAAUUCCUGCCAUGGGCGACCCUGGCCUUUACUCUUGUGCGAAACGGAGGGUCCGCCGCCCUGUGCGAUAGCACGGGGAUAGUUGCCGCCCACCUGUAUGAUUUCCUCACCCGCAUCUACCCUACCUUUGGUGGUGGCCGGAAUUACAUCACCACGCCCGCCUUCGUGAGGCGGUUCUUUACCGUUCAAGGGCGCCGGGGUGAGUCUCGUGCGUAUGGAACAGCAUAUCAGUCCGGGGGUCAGGCUCAAACCACCCCUUCGUCAAGCACGGGUUGGAGUUCGGCCUUUCAGACCCCGUGGAGCAGUCGGGGACCCGGUCGAAGACUUGGCCAAAGACAAUUUUUCUUGCGCUCCCUCCCCAACACGCGCUCCCGCCUGGCUGCUCAGCAUACUCACAGCCAACCUGUUGGAUCCUCGUUCAAAAUGGCGGUUGCAGUGGCUAAGGAAGAGAUGGACUACACCAUCAAGCCAGAGGCCAGUGCCGCCAACAUCUCCACCUCGGAAUGGCCGCUUCUGCUGAAAAAUUAUGAACAGCUUCUUGUCAGGACGGCUCAUUUCACCCCGAUUCCCGCCGGUUGCUCUCCUCUCAAGCGUGACCUGAAAUCGUAUAUCAAUUCCGGCGUGAUCAACCUCGACAAACCCUCCAACCCUUCCAGUCACGAGGUCGUGGCUUGGAUGAAGAGGAUUCUGAGGGCGGAAAAAACUGGUCAUAGUGGUACUCUCGAUCCGAAGGUGACCGGUUGCUUGAUCGUUUGCAUUGACCGUGCAACCCGUCUGGUCAAGUCCCAGCAAGGUGCCGGUAAGGAGUACGUCUGCGUGAUCCGCUUGCACGACAAGAUCCCUGGCGGCGAGGCUCAGUUCCGAAGGGCUCUUGAGACUCUGACCGGUGCGCUUUUCCAGCGUCCGCCUCUGAUCUCUGCCGUCAAGCGUCAGCUUCGUAUCAGAACUAUUCACGAGAGUAAGCUCUACGAGUUCGAUAACGAUAGACACCUUGGUGUCUUUUGGGUCAGCUGUGAAGCCGGAACCUACAUCCGAACUCUCUGCGUUCACCUGGGUCUUCUCCUGGGUGUCGGCGCACACAUGCAGGAGCUCCGACGUGUGAGAAGUGGAGCCAUGGAUGAAAACAACGGCCUAGUUACCCUGCAUGAUGUCCUGGAUGCGCAGUGGCUCUAUGACAACCAGCGUGACGAAUCGUAUCUACGAAAAGUCAUUCGCCCGCUGGAGUCCCUCCUCACGACUUACAAGCGUAUCGUCGUCAAGGACAGCGCCGUGAACGCCGUGUGCUAUGGUGCCAAGCUCAUGAUUCCCGGUCUUCUGCGAUUCGAGGCUGGUAUCGAUGUCAACGAAGAGGUGGUGCUCAUGACCACGAAGGGAGAGGCCAUUGCCAUUGGCAUCUCCCAGAUGUCGACGGUUGAACUCUCGACCUGUGACCACGGCGUUGUGGCCAAGGUCAAGCGUUGCAUUAUGGAACGUGACCUCUAUCCUCGCAGAUGGGGACUGGGCCCCGUUGCUUUGGAGAAGAAGAAGCUCAAGUCUGCCGGAAAACUUGACAAAUAUGGACGCACAAACGAGGCCACUCCUGCGAAGUGGAAGAGUGAUUACAAGGAUUACAGUGCACCCGAUGAUGCCUCCGUGCCGCCUGCGAUCGAAGCUCCAGCCAAGGACGAGGCGGCUGCAACACCUGCCGAGGCAGCCGAACCGCCUUCAUCUCCGAACAAGAUGGAUGUGGAUGAUGACCAGGAUGAUGACAAGAAGAAGCGCAAGCGCCACGACGGCGAGACGCCGGAGGAGCGAGCCGAGCGCAAGCGCAAGAAGAAGGAGAAGAAGGAGAAGAAGGAGCGACGAAAGUCCAAACAGGACAAGGAAGAUAGCGAUGACAGUGACUAGACAGUCCGCAUCUUCAGGAAGUCCCUUGCCUGGCUCUGAACGAGGUUGUUCCUUUCGGCGUGUUUGUGUAGUCAAAAUGGUGCUGUCGGAGCUUCACUUGGGGGCGUGUUUCCUGUAACAUACUUGCCGUAUUUUUCUUUCCAUCGUUUUGUUUUUCUUCGGAGUCUUGGGCUGAAAAGGUGAUUUGAAUUCCACAAUUAAACCGACUGUUUCCUUGAGUGUCAUCCGUGAUUGAACCGAGUCUGGCGAGGGCCCGAGUAGCUCCGGCGUGGAGGGCGG